AAUACUAACCUAUUUAGGCAGUGUACGUCAAUCCACCAAUGGUGGGGGCUUGCAGCAAGGGUCCUUACAAUGCUGGGCUGGACCACGGGAAAUUUUAAAGCUUUGCGAAGACUGCUGCAAAAAGUUAUCACAGAACGCCAAACACGCCCAAUUCUGAUCGCGCAAUAAUAAUAAUCACACAAUGAACAGAGCUAAGAAGAGGAAGCUGCUAGCUGGUGGCGCAUCGCUGUCAUCGAAACGGACAAAAACGUCGUCUGUCCCCCAUAAAUCCGGCAAAUCUAAGAGAGCGAAGCGAUCUGUCGGCAUUGAUUCCCUACCAUGGAGCAAGGCAAAACUCCCGGACAUGUUCAACGACGCUGAAGGAUUUUACGGUCUGGAGGAGGUGGAAGGCAUUGAGGUUGUUCGCGGCGACAACAACAUCGUCGAGUUUAGAGCAGCCGUGCCGUCUGAGGAUGAGAGCGAUGGAGCCGGUGAGAACAGCAAGACCGUCGACAACAGCGGUGAUGAAUUCGAAGGAUUUGACGAUGAGCCAUCUGCCUUAACUGAACCUACGGUAGAUGUGUCCUCAGAAGCCUCCAAACCAGCACCCAAAAAGCCUGAGAAAGAGCCCAAAAAGAAGCCGAAUAAGAAGUCGAGUGCGAAAGAAGACAAUGAACUGGAAACAAACGUUUUCGCAGGGUUAGAUGCCGUGGACGAACCUCAGGAUGAUCUUGACUUAUCCGAAUGGGUAAAACUAGACCUCUCUGCAGGAGUUCUGUCGUCGCUAGCCAAGUUGAAAUUCUCUAAGCCUACGGCGAUCCAGACCGCAGCUAUACCUGAUAUUCUGGCUGGCCAUGAUGUAAUAGGGAAAGCUUCUACCGGAUCUGGAAAGACCUUGGCUUUUGGGAUACCCAUUGUUGAGAAGUGGCUAGACUUAGCAGGAGAAGACAGCGCUGAGACGGAAACGAAAACCCCCUUGGCCUUGAUCCUCUCCCCCACCAGAGAACUGGCCCAUCAACUUACAGAUCAUAUCAAGAACCUAUGUAACGGUCUUCCAACCUCACCGUAUAUCUGCUCCAUUACCGGAGGGCUUUCAGUGCAGAAGCAGCAACGCCAGUUGGCCAAGGCCGACAUCGUGAUCGGAACACCUGGUCGGUUAUGGGAGGUUCUGAGCUCAAGUGCUGAAGUCAUGAGUUCUUUUAGAGGCACCAGCUAUCUGGUGAUAGAUGAAGCAGACAGGCUUCUAACCGAAGGUCAUUUCAAAGAAGCUGAGGAGAUUAUCAGUGCCCUUGAUCGUGUUGAAGUAGAUGAAGGGGAAGAGGACGCCGAUCCUUCACCCAGACAGACACUCGUCUUCUCUGCAACAUUCCACAAAGGCCUUCAGCAGAAGCUAGCUGGUAAGGGAAAAUUCAACCUAAUGAACCAGGAAGACUCAAUGGAAUAUCUUCUCAAGAAAUUGAAUUUCCGUGAGGAGAAGCCCAAAUUUAUCGACGUCAAUCCGGUAUCCCAGAUGGCCGAGGGGUUGAAGGAAGGCUUAGUGGAGUGUGGUGCAAUGGAGAAAGAUCUAUACCUCUAUGCGCUGUUACUGUUAUACCCCAAUGUGCGCACGUUGGUAUUCACCAACUCUAUCAGCGCAGCCCGACGUAUUUCUCCAAUGCUACAGAACCUGAAAAUAACCUCACAUCCAUUACAUUCACAAAUGGCCCAAAAAGCCCGCCUACGGUCUAUUGAGCGCUUUACUAGCACGCCCGCCGGCCAGUCCUCCGUCUUGAUCGCAACAGAUGUUGCUGCACGUGGCCUCGAUAUACUCAAUGUCGACCUCGUUGUGCAUUACCACGUACCCCGCGACGCUGCCGCGUACGUACAUCGGUCGGGACGUACGGCGCGUGCAGCCAAAACCGGUCUGAGCAUCUUGCUCUGUGCACCAGAGGAAGUGAUCCCAACCAGACGUCUCAUCGCCAAGGUACACUCGGAAAGAAAGACUUCGAGGAAGAACCUGUUCGUGCAGACCCUAGAUAUGGAUCGAAAGUUAGUAGGCCGCCUAAAGCCACGCGUAACGUUGGCCAAAAAGAUCGCAGAUGCCGGGCUAGCUAAAGAAAAAGGCGGGAAAGACGACGAGUGGAUGCGCAACGCGGCGGAAGAGCUCGGUGUAGACUACGACAGCGACGAGUUAGAACAGGCUAGUAAUUGGGGUGGACGCGGUGGCGGCCGCAAGAAGAAACAGCAGGAAGCUAGGGAGAUGACGAAAGCCGAGCUAGGCGCUAUGCGUGCCGAGCUUCGAGAUCUACUCUCGAGGCGUGUCAAUGCCGGCGUGAGCGAGAAGUAUAUCGCAAAUGGUCUUGUCGACAUUGAUGAGCUCUUGAGAGGAGCCGAGGGUAACUUCCUUGGCAAGGUUGGGACUCUCGAUAUCUCAACCUUGUAGUUAUUGUCUCGAAUCAUAUCCAUGAGAAGAAUAAGAUUCCAAACUUCGAAUUCAACAGGACAGCGUCACAUAAGAACCAUAUGUAAUGCUACAUGGUAACUAAAAGAUGUAUGUUGUGUUCUUGUGUACUAAUCUAAGGACUAGGGUAGUUAUCUUAAGACUUAAUGGAAAGAAACAAUCAGGUUCAAAGGUGGUUUACUCAGCUGCAUCUAUAGCCGAAAAUGCAGUGGGUUUCUUUCCUGAUUUACCUCAGGUUAUUCGUACGAAGCCUCACAGUGAAAUCAUGCGUUGGUACGUUAUGGUUAGCUAGCUUAAUUUUGUUCAAGGCAAUGUCUCUGUGUAAUGCGAGAAUCGAAGAGAAGAGCAUGCCACAUCCCUUAUUAGUAACGCCGACACUUGCUCUCACUUAUUCUCCUGCUUCGUUUUCACAUUUUCUGGUGAUUUGGCCGUCCUCGACGUCGAUCACGGGGAUGUACGAUCGACGUUAAGAGUUAGGGGAAGAAUUGGGGGGGAAGCGUUAAGCUAUAACCUUUGUCAGCAGACUAUCUAGUUACGAUACUUGUCAGAAACUGUGGAUGCUCUUCGGUAGUCCUUCGAUGAGACUGGGUCUCGCCGUUCGUUUUACAUAUCUAUAUACGCAAGGUGUUUUGGG